AUGCCGCGCAGUCAGGUGUUUACCAUACAGUCUUCGAAGAGGAAGGUUUUUCCAGGCGAGUCCUGGAGCGGUCUCGCUCUGAGCGUCAGCGACCACCGACCUUGCUACGAAGUUUUCAAGACAUUCAGCGUGGUUCUGCUUCAUUUGAAAGCGGUCGGAAUCUGGCGUGGGAAAUUCCUGAAGUGUUCCGAGGACAUCCCAGACCCUCACGAACGACACAAAUGGUCGCGGAGUGUUACCUUUUGGAGCGUUCUCCUGCUGAGCACUAUUCAUUUCUACUUUGUGAUAAGCUUCUUGUCCGUGUUCUUCGCGAUCGGGACUCGGCAGCUGUGGGCAACUGUAUCAGUGUUCAUGAGGAACGCUGUGACCGUGUUGACGAUCGAUCUUUUUUAUGUCAACGAGCCCCAGAUCUCGCAGCUCCUAUGCAACUUCAGCAAAUAUCCAAUCACGAGCGAUCGGAUGAAAACGGUUCGGAGGACGUGUAUCUCUACUACGGUGUCAUGCACACUUUACUCCGUGUUCCGACUUCUGAUCGAAUUGCGAUCUAUCCUCCUCUCGAAACACGGCUACCACGAUUAUCAAGUCCGGCAUUGGUGCGGAAUCACCCUCGAACCGUGGGACCAUAAAGCUGUAUCGAUCCUGCUGUGCGUCGACGUCGUCCUACGAAUCCCCCUCAUGUUUGCGUCGGCUCUUUAUUUGGUCGCCUUCUAUCUGAGUGCCGUGAGUUAUCAGAAGCAUCUCUUCGCCUGCUACAAUACGAUAGUUCAACAACGGGUGGCAGAGUCCCAAAACUCGAAAUUAUUGAUGAGUUUGAGCGAUCUGCAAGCUCUGAGAAGACUGCAAUCCAAUUUAAGCAAAUGCGUCCUCAAAUGUGAUGAUCUUUUCCAAAAGACAGCAUUCUUCUGGACGGCUUUAUUCGUCAUCGGGGUUUGUUUGGAAGUUACCAGAUAUUUCAAUGGCCGAGCCACUGAUCCAGACUUCGACGGUCCCAAUGAAAUUCUUCUGUUGCUCAUCAACCUGAUGCAUUAUUUCGCUCUGUUCCUGUCAUUGUCGAUAUUCGGAGCGAAGCUCACCGAAACCGCUCAUUCGUGUACGAUGCUCGUUCACCGUAUGAUAAACCAUCCUCCAACCGAUGAGAAUCUGGAGCUUUUCUCCCAAGCGCAUCUUCUUGUGGCCCAAAUGAAUAAACCAGAAGUGGCAAUGAGCGGUUGGAGCUUCUUCAACUUUUCGAGGAAUUUCAUCUUGACGAUGGGCGGUGCUCUGCUGUCGUACAUAAUAAUUAUCAUUCAAAUGGCUCCCUCGAACUCCAAAGAUGGGACAGCUGCUUCGAACAUAACAACUACAGCUGCGCCUACCACUCUAGCCUCCUCGGUCAAUAAUUUCUCAUCGUGA